AUGGAUGGAGGUGGAAGUGCAGACACGGAGGUGGAAGUGCAGACACUGCCGACGGCAGCGGAUGCGCAAGAGACGGAGCAAGGCGCCCGAUGGAGGAAACUGGCGGCGCCGGGCAGAGGCUUGGGCGGAGCUCCUCCGGCUGGACGCUGGCAAGGAGGAAGGACGUCGCGGAGCGGAGUCGCGAGGAACGCAGGGGCCGCGGGGUGGCUGCGUGCCUACGGGAGCAAAGCGAUGGAAGCGGUGGCGAAGCUGCGGGCCAGCAUGGUGGCCUCCAUGGUCGGCGGCCGUGCAGGUCGCGCAAGGCGAAGGGACGCCGCGGGAGGCAGCGGCGAGCUUGAGGGUCGGUGGCACGCGUGGAGGAAGAGGAUCCUGGGCGUGGAGCUGACGAAGGAGGGCCAAGGGAGGUCACAGGGGGCUCGCCGGUGCGAGAUCCGAGCAGCAGAGGGAGGAGGUGGCGGCGCUAGGUGGAAGGAGGGGAAGGGGAGAUCGAACAAGGCACGCGCUCGAUGUCUCCUACGGCGCGAGGGGGAACGAGAGGGAGAGACCAGGGGAUCGGGAGAGAGCGUGACUAGGGUUGAGAAGGCAGGGGCCGGCUGGGCCUCUGGAAGUGAGGUUUGGGAAGGUCCAAAAAUGUUCAGAUUUUUAGUGGAGCUCCGAAAUAUGAUGAAAUAA